UCCAACAAGUUUGGGGAUCUUCUUCUUAUCGCUUGUUCUAUUUUCAAUUUUGUCGCGCUCGCGUUAUUUUUUUUUUAAUCAAAGGAACUUGCCGAGCAGGAAAAGAGCUUCACGCGUGCCACCCCCUUCUCGGCGUGUGGUCCCCUUCGUAUACUGAAGGAGUGCAGGUUGCUGCGGCCACCGCGCUGCCUGCUUCUCGGCUUCACUGGUCAGUGUGUUCCGGCAGACGGCCACGAUGUUGCAGGUUGCCAGAUCUGCAACGAACUGUGAUUACUGGAUCGACGGCUCCAACAAAGAAAGCGCCCUGGAAGAUUACUAUGAGGUCGAAACGGAACUGGGACGUGGUGCUACUUCAGUCGUGUAUCAAUGUAGACAAAAAGGAACUGGGAAGCCUUUUGCUGUGAAAGUGCUGAAGAAAACUAUAGAUAAAAAAAUAGUUCGAACUGAAAUCGGAGUUCUACUUAGACUCUCCCACCCCAAUAUUAUUAGACUGAAAGAAAUCUUUGAGACUCUAACAGAGAUCAAUUUGGUUCUGGAACUGGUCACAGGAGGAGAACUAUUUGACAGGAUUGUUGAAAAGGGAUAUUACAGUGAAAAAGAUGCUGCAAAUGCUGUCAAACAGAUUCUGGAGGCAGUUGCAUACCUGCAUGAAAAUGGAAUCGUUCAUCGUGAUCUCAAACCUGAAAAUCUUCUCUAUGCUUCUCCUACUCCAGAUGCAUUGUUAAAAAUAGCUGACUUUGGACUUUCCAAGAUUACAGAAGAUCAAGUGACCAUGAAGACUAUAUGUGGAACACCAGGAUACUGUGCCCCUGAAAUUUUACGAGGCUGUGCCUAUGGACCAGAAGUUGACAUGUGGUCAGUGGGAGUCAUCACCUACAUAUUACUGUGUGGCUUUGAACCAUUCUAUGAUGAGAGAGGAGAUCAAUACAUGUACAAGAGGAUCCUGAACUGUGACUAUGACUUUGUCUCCCCCUGGUGGGAUGAGGUCUCACUUAAUGCAAAGGAUUUGGUUAGAAAAUUGAUUCUUUUGGACCCUAAGAAACGUCUAACUACCUAUCACGCCCUGCAACACCCCUGGGUAAUAGGAAAAGCUGCAAAUUUCAUACAUAUGGAUAAUGCACAAAAGAAACUUCUGGAAUUCAAUGCUCGUCGCAAACUAAAAGCUGCGGUAAAAGCUGUGGUAGCAUCUAGUCGCCUUGGAAAUACAAAUAGCCAGAACAACAUUGAAAGUAGCAGCACUGAUCCCAAUGGCUCAUCUUUCCAGCAGAACGAAGCAGUGGAAAAUGAAAACUUUCAAGAUUUACAUAGAACAGUGGAAGAUGAUGUGAAUCAAAACACUGGUCAUGAUAGUGCUGCUAAUGCUGGUGAUGCCAGUAGUGAUGUCAGUGCUCAUACCAACACUGGUGAUGCCAGCAGUGAUGUCAGUGCUGAUGCCUACAUUGGUGAUGUCAGCGGUGAUGUCAGUCCUGAUGCUGUCACCAUGUUAGAAUCACAGGAAAGGUCAAAAGAAACACUGCAAGAACAGGAGUUCCCUGACGAUAUAGAAAAGGUUGAUGAAUAGGGUGAUGUACGUGAACUGGGAAUUGUGUGCAGUGCUUCACAGAAAUGUUAUCAUAGAAAGAAGCAGAACCAACAUUACAAUUUAUCUUUGAAUGUAGGUUUAAAAAAAAAGCAAUUUUACUGCUCCAGUUGUUUAAACUGUACGCUGUGCAUGAGAUGCCAGUGGUGUGGCUUUUGUGUUGAUUUAAUAAUGGCUGUUAAUUGGUGUACAGGCUUGUAAUGAUGAAAGUUCCACGAUAUUUUCUUGCAUGCAAUUUGCUUCAGCAGUUUGAAUGGCUUAUAUAGUCUGAAGCCUGAAUGGCUUGUAUAGUCCAAAAGAUUAGUUCAAGUUGCAUCAGCUUUCAGCUGAAUUUUAGUCCCUUAUUAGCUUGAAGGUUUCAUUUAAAUUUGCCUAUUUUCUAUUUUGCGUAUAAAGUUGUGCUGAUGUCAAUCAGUACAGUAUUCAUUAAAUUAAUUUCUUCACUGUUACAUUCUCUACUUAUUAAUAAGAUUUACAAUAGUUUAAAAUCAUUUUUGUUAUAGUUUUGCACUAUAGCUUUUCUCAUCCAUAGACAUUUAAAGAGAAAACUUUAAGGACGUUUGAGCUGUUCAAACUGUUUAAUUUGAAUAAUACAGUGCAUUAUUCCAUAUCCUAAAUCCUUCCAUGUCAAUAAUGCAUAUAAUGUAAAGGAACAGAAGCACUGAUAGUUUACUGACGGUUUACAAUGAAAAUGUUGGUGGCAUUGUGGCUCAGUGGUUAGCACUGCUACCUCACGACGUCAGGGACCUGGGUUCGAUUCCACCCUCAGGCAACUGUCUGUGUGGAGUUUGCAUGUUCUCUUUGUGUCUGUGUGGGUUUCCUCUGGGUGUUCCAGUUUCCUCCCACAGUCCAACGAUGUGCAGGCUAGGUGGAUUGGCCAUGCUAAAUUGUCAAUAGUGUUCAGGGAUGUGUAGAUUAGGUGGGUUAUAGGGGGAUGGGACUGGGUGGGAUGCUGUGAGGGUCAGUGUGGACUUGUUGGGCCGAAGGUCCUGUUUCCACACUGUAGGGAUUCUGUGAGUUCUAUAGCUGUCAAAAGAUCAAAACUGCUAAUUGGGCAAAGUGGUUUUCUAAUGUUAACACUGGAAAUUACAUUAAACUAAUAAAAAUAGCAUAAAUCACUUGCAACAGACCACACACAAAUGUAAGUGUUGUGUGUGAUACUUUUCUAUAUUUAUUUUGAAAACAGGCAUAUUUAUUUAAUGGGUGAUAAUCUUUGUGUUUUCAGAUUGUAUUGAUAUUUUGCUUUUACACUUUCUCAGAAUUAUUAAUGUGAAUGGAAUCAAACUGGAAAUAUAUUAUUAAUAUUCUUCUGAAUACAAAAUCUAUUGAGUGUCUUUUUCAGUAUUUGUAAUGCAUGCUACACAGAAUAAAAUUCUAGAAUAUUUUUUAACAUACUGGCAUGCAGAAUAGGUGCACCGAAUAAUACAUGGUUAAGAAAAUCAAAAACAGUUUUUCCUACCCAGUUCCAAUCACAAAGUUUAUUUGUAUUUCUACUCGUGGUCAAAGUGUUGCAUUCAAGAACUAUGUUAAUGAUUAAAUGUACUGCCUGAGAU